UGUCCGUUUUCCGAAGGAAGUGACGGGCGGGGGGCUGGGAAGGGAAAAGGAGCAAAGAGGAGCCGCCGAAGCCCCCAGGACCGGUCCACGUGCCCGGCCAACUCCGGCCCGACUUGGGAAACUUCCCCCGGCGGGGACGGCCGCCCCGGGGAUGCUCCCCCGGCCGCCCGGAGUCUCGCCGCUGUCCCUCCUGCUGCUGCUGGGGCUGGGGCUGGGGCUGCCCGGCUGCGGGGCGGGCGCGGGGGGUCCGUCGGAGCUGAGGGUGCGGGUGAGGCUGGCCGACGGCCGGGUGACGGAGGAGAGCCUGCAGGCCGACAGCCGGGCGGACUGCAUCGCCCUGGAGCUCCGCAAGCCCGACGGGACGCUCAUCACGUUCACCGCUGACUUCAAGAAGGAUGUGAAGAUCUUCCGGGCCCUGAUCCUGGGGGAGCUGGAGAAGGGGCAGAGCCAGUACCAAGCCCUCUGCUUCGUCACGCGCCUGCACCGCAGCGAGAUCAUCCCCAGCGACUCCAUGGCCAAGCUGCGGCAGAAGAACCCACGGGCUGUGCGGAAGGCCGAGGAGGUGCGGAGCCUGGAGCAGCUCCACAUGGACGUGGCCGUGAACUUCAGCAGAGGAGCGCUGCUGAGCCCCCACAUCCACAACGUGUGCGCUGAGGCAAGGGAGGCCAUCUACACCCGCGAGGAGGAUGUCAAGUUCUGGCUGGAGAGAGGCGUGGACGGCUCCAUGUUCGAAGCCCUGGUACGGCCGGCGGAGGCCCUGGGCCUGCAGCGCUGCGGCCUGGUGUCAGACCGCUGGAAGCCGUGCAUCUGCCGCUACGGGCUGAGCCUCGAGUGGUACCCCUGCCUCCUCAAGUACUGCCACAGCCGAGAGCCCGGUGGACGCACCACAGCCUACAAGUGCGGCAUCCGCAGUUGCCAGAAGAGCUACAGCUUCGACUAUUACGUGCCACAGAAGCAGCUCUGUCUGUGGGAUGAGGAUACCUAGCCGGACCCGGGAGAGCGGAGAGAGGGGGCAGAGGCAGGUCUCUCCCUGCCGUGUGUGUGGGAGACGCCUCUAAACCAAAGGCCUUCCCCGUCCCACGGCUUUUCCCCUUUGACUGUGAAGAGGGGUGUGGCGAGGCAGGGGUUACCCCAAGAAGGGACACCCCCCCCUCCCCAACCCCUUCCCCCAGGCCCCCCGAGGCUGACAUCAGUGUUUUGGGAAGUGGAAGAGGAGGAGAGGGUUCCGACCCCCAACCAGACACCUCCCACCACUACCUACUCAGUGUUUUCACCCUCACAAUCCAAAUGUGAUGGUAACUCUUUGAAGACCGGCAAACUUGUCUGUCCUUUCUUGGAGUUGCCCCCUCUUCCCUCUAGCCCCCAGGGGGAGAGUCUGGGCUAAACUGCCACAGAGGGGGUGUCAGGUGAAAGGGGGGUUGGAGGAUGGAGAGGCUCCUUGCCAAAGCAUCACCCCAAUACUUCCUCAUCAGCCCUCCCAACCGCCGUUCCUCUGGGACAAAUCGGGGAGGGGAGGAAGGCCAGAGGGAGCGGCCCUCCUCUCCGUCUGCCCAUUCCCACAAUUUCUUCACCAUGUGCCUUUCUAUCGGGGACAAUAAAACGACCCCGGCUAAUUUUGCCAUUCGUAGACAGGAUUAUUUUUUUAUCGAUUGGGGGUGGGGAGGGGGGCUGAAGUAUGAAGUACGAGGGAAAACUUGAAUUCCAGAUUUUUAAAGCCGAAGUAUUUAUCGUUUGUACGGGAAAUAAAAAUUUUGUCCUUUC